UUUUACGCCAGCCGGGGACGCCCUACUCUCUCUCUCUCUCUCCUUCCGUGGCUUAAAAAUCUCACUACACCGCCUUCAAACCAGCGUAAGAACCACAAAACAUCUGGUAUACUGUCAAAAGGUGUUGAGGUAGAAGGUAUCUCAUUUCUUCCAUCCAAAUAUGGCAACUGCAUCGAUGGCUUUCAAGUCCAGGGAGGAUCAUCGGAAACAGUUAGAAUUAGAAGAAGCUCGUAAAGCUGGUCUUGCACCCGCUGAGGUUGAUGAAGAUGGAAAAGAAAUCAAUCCUCAUAUUCCGCAGUAUAUGUCAUCUGCACCUUGGUAUCUCAAUGCUGAGAGACCGAGUCUGAAACAUCAAAGGAAAUGGAAACAAGAUCCCAAUUACACCGAUAAAUGGUAUGAAAGGGGUGCAAAGAUAUUUCAGGCCGACAAGUACAGGAAAGGCGCUUGCCAAAAUUGUGGGGCUAUGACACAUGAUGCCAAGUCGUGCAUGGAAAGGCCUCGGAAGAAGGGAGCAAUACAUACAAACAUGUACAUUGCGCCUGAUGAAAAGAUUGAGACAUUUGAAUUGGAUUAUGAUGGCAAGAGAGACCGAUGGAACGGAUAUGAUACCUCAACAUAUGCUCGCGUCGUGGACAGAUACGAGGCCAGAGAUGAUGCCAGAAGAAACCACCUAAAAGAGCAGCAACUGAAGAAAUUAGAGGAGAAAAGCAAUAACCAAAAUGAUGAGGCUGCGGCAGUGGCCGAGGUGAGUGAUGAGGAUGAAGAUGAUCUGAGAGUAGAUGAAGCUAAGGUUGAUGAGAGCAAACAAAUGGAUUUUGCUAAGGUGGAGAAACGUGUGAGAACCACUGGUGGUGGAAGCACAGGAACCGUCAGGAACUUGCGUAUUCGGGAGGAUACAGCGAAAUACCUUUUGAAUCUAGACGUCAAUUCCUCUCACUAUGAUCCCAAAACUCGUUCUAUGCGUGAGGAUCCUAAUCCAGACACUGAUCCUAAUGAGAAGUUCUAUGGAGGUGAUAACCAGUACAGGACCAGUGGCCAAGCAUCAGAGUUCAAGCAGCUCACGAUGCAUGCUUGGGAGGCUUCCGAGAAGGGGCAAGAUAUGCACAUGCAGGCUGCUCCUUCCCAAGCUGAAUUUCUAUAUAAAAAUUUUAUGAUUAGCAAGGAUAAGUUGAAGACGAAAACAAAAGAUACCAUCAUGGAGAAGUACGGUAAUGCAGCAACUGAUGAGGACAUUCCCAGAGAGCUUCUCCUUGGACAAAGUGAGAGUCAGGUCGAGUAUGACCGUGCUGGUAGAAUCAUCAAGGGCCAGGAGAUGGCCAUUCCAAGGAGCAAGUAUGAAGAAGACAUCUACCCAAAUAACCAUACAACAGUUUGGGGUUCGUGGUGGAAAGAUCACCAGUGGGGUUACAAGUGCUGCAAACAGAUGAUUAGGAACAGCUACUGCUUAGGAAUUGCAGGAAUUGAGGCGGCUGAAGAGGCAAUUGAUCAUAUGAAAGCCAAUAUUGCUCGCAAGGAGGCUACUGAAGAAGUACCUGUAGCAGCAGAGGAGAAGAAGCUUGCUCCUUGGGGAACUGAUGUACCAGAAGACCAGGUUCUUGAUCCAAAACGGCUGAACGAAGCCCUCAGGAAGGAGGAUGAAAGGAAAAGGGAAGAGCGGGAUGAAAGAAAGCGGAAGUAUAAUGUUAAAUGGAAUGAUGAGGUCACUGCUGAGGAUAUGGAGGCAUAUAGGAUGAAGAGGACCCAUCAUGACGAUCCAAUGAAGGAUUUUCUGAACUAGUGAACAUUUCCUUCGGUUGCGGGAACUUGUUUAAUUUGUCAGCUCAGUAUGUUUAAUAUGUUCUCUGUGAUCUAUUGAUACCAAUGACUGUUCCCGGUGAAAUUAUUCUGUGUUUGUAUAUAUAUGUUUGUUUUCUGGUGGCUUGGAUCACAACUGACAAGGUUAAGGCGUUUUUUAUUUAGGCAAACCAUCAUGAAAGUUCCAACAAUCUUUUGAUAAUGGUAUCUUUGUUUUAUAAUUGGUUGAUUACCAUCGACAUAUGUAGAUUUUAAAUACCAAAAUCGGUAGUUCA